UACCCUGUUGAAGAGAUUGGUCUCCCCAGACAUUUCGCAGGCGGAGCAAAGCACACCGAAACCUCCAGACCACAAAGUUCAGUUCCUAGAGAGGCCUUAUCCGCACUUCCGCUCGCCGUCCUAAAACCGCGCCUGCGCGUCGCGUCUCUUCCUCUCUGGGUCCGGGCCUAAGUUGAGUCGCCAUGGCCAAACGCACCAAGAAGGUCGGCAUUGUCGGUAAAUACGGGACUCGCUAUGGUGCCUCCCUCCGGAAAAUGGUGAAGAAAAUUGAAAUCAGCCAGCACGCCAAGUAUACCUGCUCCUUCUGUGGCAAGACCAAGAUGAAGAGACGGGCUGUAGGGAUCUGGCACUGUGGUUCCUGCAUGAAGACAGUGGCGGGUGGUGCCUGGACCUACAACACCACUUCUGCAGUCACAGUCAAGUCAGCCAUCAGAAGACUGAAGGAAUUGAAAGACCAGUAGAAGCUCUACUGUUUGAAACAUCCCUAGUCUACAAUAAAUGGGUUAAUUUAUGUAAUAAAAUUGCCUUGGUGUAUUAA